AUGCCCAUUGUUGGGCAUAUUGGACCUGUCGUGGCUGGUAAAGAACAGAGUGGGAUACGUUUUCAGAAGAUAUACGAUAAAUAUAAGGAUAAAAAGAUCUUAGGUAUACAUCAGUUCUAUCGCAGAACACUUGUCAUCUGCGACCCUGAGCUCAUAAAGCGAGUGUGUGUCAACGACUUUAUGUAUUUUACGGAUAGAGGUUUCUUCUUUGAUAAGGACCUAGACCCUCUGGCGGAGUCAGUGUUGUAUUUGCGAGGAAAUGAAUGGAAACGACUGAGGGCGAAAAUAUCGCCGAUAUUCUCACCAAUCAAAUUAAAAGGAAUGCUACCAUUGAUAGAGAACACCGCGAACAAGUUCGUCUCCCACAUCCAAAAACUGUUUUCUCUUGUUAAAAACAUUGAAAAAAAAUCUAAUAAAAAAGUGAAUAGUUAUAAAAUUCUAAAUAAACGUAUAGAAGUGAAUAAUAAUUUGGAUAAUGCAAUAGUAGUAGAUUCUGAUGAACUCGUAGGCGGGUAUACGGCGGAUGCGAUAGUACCUUGUGCCUUCGGUGUUAAGAGCAAUGUAAUGGACAACAGUGACGACGCCUUUGCGGUCGCUUUGGGAGCAUUCUACGAAUUGUCCUUCUCUAAUAUAUUUGAAAAAACAAUGCGACACUUAUGGCCAGCUUUCGUAUUAUUUUUUAAAAUGAGAAUAAUUCCAAAGAAAACCCAUGAUUUUUUUUACAACAUCGUGUCUAACGUCAUUAAGGAUAGGGAGAAUGGUGUCCGAGAGAAACGUGGUGAUUUCAUAGACAUGAUGGUUGCUUUACAAAGCGAAGAUAGAAAUAAUAAUGCCAUUGAAGAUAAAGAAAAUGACGUUAAGAUCACGGAAAUGGUAAUAGCAGCAAAUGCUUUCAUAAUAUUUCUGGGUGGGUAUGAAACUACAUCGUCGACACUAGCGUUUCUUUUCCUGGAAUUGGCCGCACAUCAAGACAUUCAAGAGAAAGUGAGAGAAGAAAUACAGCAAGUGUAUACCAAACAUGAUGGGAAGAUGACUUCAGAAAUGUUGCAGGACUUGAACUAUAUGGAUAUGGUGAUACGAGAAACCUUAAGGCUCUACCCUCCUUUCCCCACCAUUCAACGUAUUUGCACCACAGAUUACCAAAUACCAAGAACUAAUGUUGUAGUGGAAAAAAAUACUAUAGUAGUAUUUCCUACACUCGGCCUUCAUAGAGAUGAUCAGUACUUUCCAAAUGCUUCAUCUUUCGACCCGUCGCGUUGGGAAACAUCGCCGCCGCCGGGAGUGUACGCGCCUUUUGGUGAUGGCCCGAGGUAUUGUAUUGUUUUACCCACCUGCAAGAAUACUCCUAUUUUUACUCUCUUAUACACAUCACUUACGAUAAAUACGAAAAUGGAAUCCAUCAAGGAGUCGUUAUCUGCACUAACUGACAUGUUUAAUGCAAGAAUGCAUGAGUUCCAACAGGACUUAAGCAAAGCAUCAACACCAGCUUCAAGUAGUGUUCUACCAGGUGAAUUUAACCAUUUCCGCAGUUUUAUUUUAUCUGCAUUGAACACACUGCAACGGCAGGUUGAAUAUCUCGCAUUAGAGGUCGACAGGCAAGAGAUGAGGAACAGGCGGAAAAUGUUAUUAUUUCACGGUGUUCCUGAGCAAAAAACAGAAGACAUCCCGGCCCGAAUCACUAGCUUAAUUGCCGAACACCUGGACUUGCAGAACUUUUCUACUGAAAAUAUUAAGCACUCGUUUCGCUUAGGCCGUUCUUCUGAUAAGCCCAGGCCUAUAGUAGUAAAAUUUAGUGAUGUUUCCGUGCGUAACAAAGUAUGGUUUGCUAAAACCAAACUAAAGGGCACUGGUGUUACGCAAUCGGAGUUUCUCACGAAAUGUAGGCACGAAGCAUUUUUAGAGGCGAGGCAACGGUUCGGGGUCAGCAAUUGUUGGACACGAGGUGGGUGCAUCCACAUCAUCGCACCUGAUGGAUCUCGACACCGGGUGGAGUGCAAGUUGGAUCUCAGUGCCAUACCAAACAGUCCAGUGAAAUCAUCCGUGCAAAAGAUAGUAGUGUCGAAAAAAACAGAUAAUGUUAUACCUUCUCGCGCAAAACGUAUAGCUAAGAAG